GCAGUGAUUUUUGUUCGCGACAGGUACAGUAGUGCGCGCGACCCUCAGUCCACAUUCCAGGUGUUUCUGUGAAGCUGUUGCUGUAUCGGUCAGUUUAUUCGUAGAAUGAGUGUGGGCUUCAUCGGAGCAGGCCAGCUGGCCCACGCUCUGGUCAGAGGCUUCACAGCAGCAGGCGUAAUUGCCACCCACAGAAUCACAGCCAGUUCCCCAGACACCGAUCUCCCCACAGUACAGGGACUGCGGAAAUUGGGCGUCAAUUUCACCACCAACAACAAAGAGACAGUGAGCCAAAGUGAUAUUAUCUUCCUGGCCGUGAAGCCUCACAUCAUCCCCUUUGUGCUGGAUGAGAUUGGACCAGACAUCGAAGAUCGUCACCUCAUUGUGUCCUGUGCUGCAGGUGUCACCAUCAGCUCUAUAGAGAAGAAGCUGCAGCAGUAUCGUCCGAAUCCAAAGGUGAUGCGGUGCAUGACAAACACUCCGGUGGUGGUGCGUGAGGGGGCCACUGUGUACGCCACAGGCACCCAUGCAAAUGUGGAGGAUGGACGGCUCCUGGAGCAGCUGAUGGGCAGUGUGGGAUACUGCACGGAGGUGGAAGAGGACCUGAUUGAUGCUGUCACCGGCCUCAGCGGCAGUGGUCCUGCUUACGCAUUUACUGCUGUAGAUGCUCUCGCUGAUGGUGGAGUGAAAAUGGGCCUGCCGAGGAGGCUGGCUAUACACCUGGGAGCCCAAGCCCUGCUGGGGGCUGCUAAGAUGUUGUUAGACUCAGAGCAACACCCAGGGCAGCUCAAGGACAAUGUGUGUUCUCCAGGGGGUGCCACCAUCCAUGCCCUGCAUGUCAUGGAGAGUGGGGGCUUCCGCAGCCUCCUCAUCAAUGCUGUAGAGGCCUCGUGUGUUAGGACUAAGGAACUUCAGUUUUUGGCUGACCAAGAGAAAAUCUCACCAGCUGCUAUCAAGAAGACAACUCUGGACCAAGUGUUGCAGCAGCCAGGAGUGACUGCAGGGGCUGUCGGAGUCCGAUCCCAGGGGAUCAGUAUGUUCAGCAGUAACCCCAGGACCAAGAAGUGAUCUUUUUUUGUAUAUAUGUCACACUGCACAAUCAUUUUAAUAUUUGUGACAGACAUUGAGCGACAGAUAGCGAGGAUGCAAUAUAUGCUGUGAAUAAACCACUGGAAGAGAAUCUAACCGAGUGGAUUAUAUAGAAGAAAAACCUCCCUGCUAUGUUGGGGAUGAAGAAUACACAAGCCAUAUUUCCUUUUUGUAAUACAAUGACUGUCCUUUGUCAGACGAGACUAGAAUAAUAAUUUCAAUCUCUUUCUAUAUUUUACUUCAAUCAGUCCUUUCUGAUGGUAAUGCCAUCUAAACGACAUGGCAAUACGAUUGAGUGGUAUACCGCGAAGCAAUGAGCUUUGUGCCAUGACUUUCUGGUAGUGGUGUUACUGUUCAACUUGCAUUUAUGCAAUUUCCAAAUCAUGUGAAAACGUCCUUGGAGAAUGUGCUAAAUAAUAUAUUGUAUGAUGCAAUGGAAGUGUGUGUGUGUGUG